AUGGAGGAGUUUUUUAAAUCAGCUUUGCAUACGCAUCGGCAGGACUCGUUCGUGCUGGACGACUCCAGUCUGGCUCUACCGACCGAGCUGAAGCUGAGAUCCUCGGCGGAAGCUCAUUCAACCGACCGCAGCCACCGAGUACAGCAACAGGUCCAACUCACACUGGCACGCAGGGCGAGGAAGCCUGUGUCCAAUGGUAGUGUCUAUUUACAGAAGAACUUAUCGAAGAGCUUUGAUGCUGCAGAUGGACUGUUUUCACACACAAAGGUAAAUGGAUCAGACUUCACCAACCUCUCUCUUCCAGGCAACAAGCAUGUGCGAAGACCAUCCAGGAGGGUGGAAGUGUCUCCUCCACCGAGUCCAGAGUUACCUCGCAGCCACAUUACUUAUAAUCCCCACCGCUUUGGCAUGUACACCCAAGACCACGGUCACUCACACUGGAUGGGUGCUAUGCUGGGCCAAGAACCUGGGUCAAGUUCAUUUCGGCGCUACGCUUUCUCAGAGGCCCCUUGGGGCACGCAGCUGCACACAUCCACAGCUGGACGUCCAAGCUUCCACCGGAGGUCACUCAGACUGACUGAAGGACCACAGCCUGUGUUUGCAGAUACAGGGUUUCGGCAAAGUCACAGAUCUGUGUCUGGCUGGAGUCCUAAUCAAACUGUUUUCAAACAGGAAAAGCACACUGUGCAGGGACCGAAUGGCAAUGGGAUGUUUGGUGCUCUGCAGCCUGAUAAUGGGUUGUCCUGGCUGGCUCAGGUUAGAAGGAAUGGUCAAGGGCUCCAUAGACAGAAUUCAUACUCCCCCUCGGUCAUCAGCGCAGAGGUGAACUUGGGGAAGACAUUGGAAGCAGAUCUCCCCAUUGAGGAAAUACAAGCGCACAAUUACAUAACUCUGAAUUCAGAGAACAAGCCUCCAGAGAUGACAUUAGAGAGGGCCGUGAACCUGUUGAGUCAGGAUGAUGAGGAUAUGCUGAUCUCUGCAGCCAGCUACAUACAAAGCCAAAGUUUUAGGAGUGCUGACGCUAAAAAGACGGUAUUCUACCUCCACGGGAUCACAAAGCUACUGGAACUCCUUAACAAUGACAAUGAAGAGGUGCAGCGUGCCACUGCAGGGGCGCUGCGUAAUGUCGUUUACCAGAGCAGCGAAAACAAGAUGGAGGUGAAGGAAAGUGAUGGCUUGGCUACCAUUUUGCUUGCACUGAAGAGCAGCCGUGAUGUGGAGACCAGACGACAACUUACUGGUCUUUUGUGGAACCUCUCCUCUCAUGACCUUUUGAAAGAACGUCUCUCCAGAGAGGCUUUAACUGUCCUCACACAGUCAGUCCUGGUGCCCAGUUCAGGCAUUUCUGAGGGCGAGAACCCAAAAGACGAUCUCCUUGCGGAUGCCGAUGUUUUCCACAGUGUUACAGGCUGUUUAAGAAAUCUGAGCUCUGCCGGUCCAGAUAGCAGGAAAGCAAUGAGGGACUGUGAGAAACUUAUUGACUCUCUGGUCUACUACAUCCGGGGAACUAUAGCAGACUACAAGACAGAUGACAAGUCCACAGAGAACUGUGUUUGCAUCCUGCACAACCUGUCUUAUCAGAUUGAAGCAGAACUCCCUACAAAGCACAUGAGAGAUCUCCGGGAAUCUCGGCAAAACUUGGCUCCUAAACCAAAGACUGUGGGCUGUUUUAGUUAUCGCAGCGCCAAGAUCACAGAGCAUCUGGAGCAACGGGGCCCCCUGCUGGAGGAGAAUGCAAACCCCCAGGGCAUUGAGUGGCUGUGGAGCCCCAUCAUUAUUCGGAUGUACCUAUCACUGUUAGCCCGCAGUGUACGUCACUACACCCAAGAGGCUGCCAUUGGAGCCCUGCAGAACCUCACAGCUGGAAAUGGAGCGGUGACUGAAGCCAUUGCCUUCACUAUUGUUCAACGGGAAAAUGGCCUCCAGCAUGUGAAGAGGAUGUUGCAGGAAGGAGAGAGUGAUAUGAAGAGGACAGCUGUGUCUCUAAUAAAAAACCUCUCUCGCUACCAAGAACUGCUCCCUGACAUUGUCAAUCAGGUGUUGCCAGAGGUGGUGGAGAUGCUCCCCAAUGACGACACUGGUACUGACCUGCCAACUGACGUGACGGCCUCUCUGUGUCACAUCCUCAUUAACCUGAGCCAGAACAGCAUGCAGCACGUCAGAGACAUUGUCAACCAGCGAGCCCUCCCGAGGAUCAUCAACAUCAGCAACAAGGACAAUGGUUAUGGACCCACCAAAGCGGGUCAGGCAGCCUGCGUCCUGCUGCACACGAUGUGGAAACACAGUGAUCUCCACGAAGUCUUCAAGAAGUGUGGAUACAGGAAAACUGAUUUCAUCAAUGCGAGGACAACAAAGGCUGUGAACUCCAGCUGAGACUGAGCUGAAAAUCUAUUAACACCAGACUGAAGCUGCACUUGUUAACAAUGUCUGCACCUGCGGCCACAAAUCACUCAAUGCACUGUUUGUCCUGUAAUGUAAUGGAGUGUCUGCGUCACAGUUUAGUAAUGGUUGGUUUCAGAAAAGGAUAAAUUAGUUUUUCUCUCA